GUGUGGGGUACAGGCCCGGCUAACUCGUUUCACCACAGCACCCCAGGCAAAGGGGUUACAACGGUUUUUUCCUUGUUCAUGCAGUGGACAAGGAACACCGCUAGUUGACCAGUAGGUAUAAAGCUAUAUGUGAUAGGCGGUGACUUUCCUCCGCCCCUUGCCUGUCCUCAAUCCUUCCAGAUCUCAAUUCUCUGGCCAUCCAUCAAAUCUUAAUUGUUCGAUAUCACAUUUUCUUGACAUCUGCCUGUCUCACAGCCUCCACCGUUGCCGGAGAUCUUAUCUUAUCUCACUACCAUGUCUGAGUUCAUCAUCAAUGACGAGGAUUUGAGCAGCCUCAAGGGCAAGGUCGUUGUCCUCACAGGCGGCUCAUCAGGUAUUGGCCUGGCCACAGUUAAGCUGCUGCUCUCAUUGGGAGCAUCAGUAGUCAGCGGCGAUGUCAACCCGCCACCGGCCUCUGAGUCGGCAGAAACACCUGCCUUCCUGUUUGUGAAGACCAACGUGGCCAGCUGGAAUGACCUGACCGUGCUGUUCAAGAAAGCCAAGGAGCACUUUGGUCGCAUCGAUUGCAUCUUUGCCAAUGCCGGUAUCGGCCCCCGUGCCAACUACUUGGCUCUUGAGACAGAUGAGCAGGGCAACCUGAAGGAGCCCUCACACGAACUCAUGGAUAUUGGCUUGAGAGGCCUUAUCAACACAGCUUCUCUGGCCGUUCACUACAUGAAGGAGCAACCUGAAGGCGGCAGCAUUGUUCUCAUGGGAUCCAGCACCGGUCUACAGCCCCUUCGAGCUAUCGAUUACUCCGCGGCCAAGCAUGGCGUCCUCGGUUUUGGCAGAGGCCUUGCACGGGUUGCAGAAGUUGCGGGAGUUCCUAUUCGCAUCAACACUCUGAUGCCAUCAUGGACGACAAGCAACGUUCUCCCAGACUUGGAGGGCCUCAUGAGAGGCAUCUCACACGUGCCGCAACCCGCUUUGGUGGUUGCACGCGCUGCGGCUUAUCUCAUGGUUGAUGGCUCCAGACAGGGCACCGUGGUUUAUGUUGCAGAUGGAAAGUACAAGGACAUCGAGAAGACUAUUCUCUUGCCUGCGUACGAUGCCAUUAAGGGAGAGGGAAAUCCAAGCGAUGACGACGUCCUCAAGCGUCUUCUGGAGCUGCCUGCCAACUAA